AUGGAAAUCAGCUGUAUCAUCGAGGAGUACAUCUUCGUUGCGUUACCCGGCUUUCGCGGCUUUUACUGGACAGUGGCGCUGGUCGAACUGGGCUUCUUCGCCAUUUCCGCCAUAGCGACUCGAUGGAAGGAGUACGGAAUUGUCGGGGCCAUGCGUCAACCGCUCCAGGCGCCCCUGAAGCUCUACGCCCUCAUGGCUCUCCUCCUGGGCCUGUCCCAGGGCCUGGGGAAGAUCACGUUCCGGUACCUCAACUACGCAACCAACACGGUGAUCAAGAGCGGCAAGCUGGUGCCCACCUUGCUGAUCUCAGUGAUCUGGCUCGAGCGCAAAGUUUCGCUUGCAGAGUGGUCAGCUGCCGUGCUCCUGGUCCUCUCCUCCGCCUUCAUGGCUCUGGGUGAGCAGGCUGUGACGCCCAGCUUCAAUCCAAUAGGCCUGAUCCUGGCCGGCUUACAGCUCCUGUGCGCGGCAAUGCAGGGAAACCUCCAGGAGAAAGCGCUCAAGGACUACGGCGCGUCGAUCACAGAGGCCCUUGCCUGCAGCAACGGCUUCGGAGUGAUCGUUGUUUGGGUGGCAGUGCAGGUCUCUGGCGAAGCUGGGCCCGCCUUGGAGUUCUUCCUGAGCUCGCCGCUUGCCUUGAGCCUGGUCCUCCUCCGGUCGCUGUUUUUCUUUCUGGGCGUCGUGGCGCUUACUGCUUUGACAAAGGACCACGGGACAGGAGCAGCGACGGCCGUAGGCACGGCGCGAAAGUCACUGACCGUGCUGUUCUCCUUCAUGAUGUUUCCAAAGCCCUGGCACAUGAACUAUGUCUUGGGCACCUUUGCUUUCAUCGUGGCGGACCUGAUCUACUUUCAGGUCAGCUCUGCACGAGCCUCUGCACGCCGGAAGCUGGCAGCUGGGAGCCCAGAAGAUGGCAACGCCAGGCACUGCAGCAAAGACGAAGUGUGA